AUGGCAUUCGCGAGAAAAAAGCCCACCCUCAAGCCAUGCGACAUCGACCCCGGACGGCGACACCGAGCGCGCAGCGACUCCGAUGACGAUGCACCCAUCGCCGAGCCGUCACCCAGCAAGAUCCAGCAGAUCAGCGAAGGCUCGGUAAAGCUCGCGCAGACGUCGGCUAGAUGCGUGCGGAGCGGCACCAGGUCGGUAGCAGCUGCUGGGCUGGCGAACCUGAAAUGGAUUCUUCUCAUCUUGCUCCUGUACUACCUAGUCUCAGUCCCUGACCCUCUUUCCAUGAUCUCCAAUGUCAGUUUGGAAACUAGAAGACCGCGGCUUUGGAGGAAAACUCAUUAUGACAUUCAGUGGUCUCCCAUCUUCUACAUCCUAUUGUUGCUUCAUUCUCCACCUCCUGAUGUUCACCAAUCUCCCUACGCCGCUGUUCGAAAUUAUCCUGCGUGCACCAUGAAAGCAACUGGUGAUUUUGGAUUCCCUCCUCGACACCAUGACCUUCAUACUCGCCACCGUUCCCGAGAAGGACAAUAUCAAUCCAUGUCCUCUCAUAGACCGGCACGCUUUGGUCUAUUGAAUGAUAUAUCUGCCCACCCGACCUGCCCAACGAGAACUGAAGGGCCUGUUGGUAGUUUGCUGAGACUUCCAUGUUCAGAUCUGCAGGCUAAGGUAGCAUAA